GGGAAUAUUGGCACUGAUGUUUCCCGAAUCCACCAGAAAAUUGGAAAGGACAGCUAUGUCCCCAGACUCUUCUUCACAUUUCUAGUGAUUUCUGUAACAUUCACGAUUCCUCUCGAGUCUCGCCAUACACUUUGAUUAAUAUGCCUGCCUGCCUGCCUGCCUGCCUAUAUAUGAAUCAUCACCAUCACCAUCACCAUCACCAUCACCAUCACCUUUACAUUUCGAAACGAAACCAUUAGAUCAACCUCUUCAACAAUCAAUCCCAAACUCCCUCUCUGAUUUCUCUAUCUACAAUAAUAACAAUUCGCCUGAGAAAUAGAAAUGGCUUCAACGACAUUAUUGGCUUGCCCUUCUUCACCUCUGGUAUUGAACAAAUCCUGGCCUUCGAUCAAGCCAAAUGAACCGUCCUCAGUCUUCUUUCCGUCUAGGUUUUCCCGAGUGAGGGCUCAGGCCACCGGAGAUAACAAAGACACGGCGAUCGACGUUCAUUUCAACAAUCAGACCAACCAGCAGGCGGUGGAGCGCCGUCCACCGCGGCGGCUGGCCGUCGAUAUCUCACCUUUUGGUUUAUUAGACCCUCUGUCUCCAAUGAGGGCAAUGCGACAAAUGUUGGAUAGAAUGGAUCGACUGUUUGAGGAUUCUGUGACAUUCCCAGCAGCAGAGGUGCGUGCCCCAUGGGACAUCAAAGAUGACGAAAAUGAAAUUAAAAUGCGCUUUGAUGUUCCCGGACUCUCCAAAGAAGAUGUCAAGGUCUCUGUGGAAGAUGAUCUCCUUGUUAUCAAAGGAGAGCACAAGAGGGAGGAAGGUGGAGAUGAUUCUUGGUCGGGAAGAAGUUACAGUUCCUACGACACUCGUCUUCGUCUCCCUGAUAAUUGUGAAAAGGAUAAAAUCAAAGCAGAGAUGAAGAAUGGAGUUUUGUUAAUCUCCAUUCCUAAGGUCAAAGUAGAGCGCAAUGUGAUUGAUGUGGAAAUUCAGUAAAAAUUAUAGAUUUAUUUUUGCUUGGUUUUGUGGCUAGUGUUAUGAUAUUUUAGGCUUGUAUUGGCUGCUUCCUUCAUUACAAUGUGUAAAAUUGUGUAUAAGAAUGAUAAAUAGCAAUUAUAUAUUGCUCUACAUCAAAAUGUAUACGAAGUUUUCUCUUA